AUGGCAUUUCAGGCAUCGACCCGAGCUCGGUUCCCCUCGAAAAGCAAGCAUGCGCUACCCGGCAGGAAGGCUAGCUUAGCGCGCAGCACCAACGACGGCGCACAUAUGACGCAGAAGGAGCAGUAUGGCCGCGACAAGAUCAACAAGCUAGCCUCGAGUAUCCCGAUGGUGACGAUCAAGCCCGAGAUUUCUGUCUGGAUCAUAGGAGUAAGCAAGUUACGUAAUGAGGCUGAGAUAUGGUUAGCGCUUAUCACACCAGAUCGUGAAGCGAUCGACGCAGGAUCUGGUGGCGUAAAAACAUCUCUGAAGAGCAUAAAAACUCCCAACAUGAAGUUCAACGUUGGCAUCAUCUUCGCCGCGGUUGCCUUCACCCGUGUCUUCUCCGUCGCCGUCCCCGACGACUCUGCCGCUAGAUGUGGAAACCUCGGCAUCAUGUCACUUGACGACAUCCCCGAGGACGCUCGUGCCGGCAACGUCCGCAAGUGUGCCGAUCAUCCUCUCGGCCACAACCGCCCCUUCGAGGGAACAUCCUUCGCGCCCAUGGACGACUCCGCCGACACUACGGUCGUAUCCACUAAUGCUUCCAACCUCCAGGAGAGGGCCUGCUGGUUUGACUCGGAAUACGGCUGCACGAAAGGAUACUGCUGGAAGCUGUGGCUGUAG